AUAGCUCGUUAAUGGCGAUGGAAACAGAGUGAGGCAGCUCCAAUUCUCUGCUCACUUCCAGGUUCCAACCAACCUCCUCCUCGUCCUCUCCGCCCGUUUCUCUCUCUCCCUCCCUCUUCACCUCCACCCUUUCCUCCAUUUCUCUCUCUCUCUCUCUCUCUCUCUCUCUCUCCCACGAUGGCCUCUUCCCUUCUCUCUCCCUCCUCCGCCACCGCCAAUCCCGCCAGCACCAUCUCCUUCUCCUCCUCCCUCUCCACCCCGCUUCCCUGGCGUCCCUCCUCCGCAUUCCCCCGCCGCUCCGGCGGCCGGAGAUCCCUCUCCGUCCAAUCCAAGAUCCGCGAAAUCUUCAUGCCCGCCCUCAGCUCCACCAUGACAGAGGGCAAGAUCGUCUCCUGGGUCAAGUCCGAGGGCGACAUCCUCUCCAAGGGCGAGAGCGUCGUGGUUGUCGAGUCCGACAAGGCUGACAUGGACGUGGAGACCUUCUACGACGGCAUCCUCGCCGCCAUCGUCGUCCCCGAGGGCGAGAGCGCCCCCGUCGGCGCCCCCAUUGGCCUCUUGGCCGAGACCGAGGAUGAGGUCGCCGAGGCCAAGGCCAAGGCCGCCGCCAAAUCGGGCUCUUCUUCAUCUUCUCCUUCCAGUCCUCCCGCCUCCCUUGCGGCUGAGGCGCCCGCCGUCACUUCAAAUCCCGCUCCGGCAAUUGCUCAGCCUCCGCCGAAGCCAACUGCUCCGGCAGAUGGACCGAGAAAGAUUGUGGCGACUCCCUAUGCCAAGAAGCUCGCCAAGCAGCACAAGGUGGACAUUAACAAGGUGGCAGGUACUGGCCCGUACGGAAGGAUUACACCGGCAGAUGUGGAAGCGGCUGCUGGAAUACAGCCAUCCAAGCCGGCUGUAACAGUUACUUCCGCUCCAGCGGUUGCAGCAGAGGCAGCCCCAGCUGCUGCAGGUCCAGCAAAAUCUGCUGCCCCUGCUCCGCCUCCACUUCCAGGAUCUACAGUGGUGCCAUUCACCACAAUGCAGGCUGCUGUGUCAAAGAACAUGUUGGAGAGUCUCUCGGUACCAUCUUUUAGAGUCGGAUACCCAGUGACAACUGAUGCGCUCGAUGCUCUCUAUGAGAAGGUGAAACCAAAGGGUGUGACCAUGACCGCUUUAUUGGCAAAGGCUGCCGCAAUGGCACUUGUUCAACAUCCAGUUGUGAAUGCCAGUUGCAAAUACGGGAAGAGCUUUACUUACAAUAGCAACAUUAAUAUAGCUGUUGCAGUGGCCAUUAAUGGCGGGUUGAUCACACCUGUGCUUCAGGAUGCAGAUAAGUUGGAUCUCUACUUGCUGUCUCAAAAAUGGAAAGAGCUGGUGGAGAAAGCCCGCUCAAAGCAACUUCAGCCACAUGAAUAUAACUCAGGCACAUUUACUCUUUCCAACCUGGGCAUGUUUGGAGUGGACAGAUUUGAUGCAAUUCUUCCUCCAGGCCAGGGGGCCAUCAUGGCUGUGGGAGCAUCGAAGCCAACUGUUUUAGCUGAUGCAGAUGGAUUCUUCACUGUCAAAAGUAAAAUGCUGGUGAAUGUCACGGCAGAUCACAGGAUCGUCUAUGGUGCUGACCUGGCCGCCUUCCUCCAGACCUUCUCAAAGAUUGUCGAGAAUCCCGAAAGCCUCACAUUGUAAUGAGCUUUGUGUCACAGUGCGUCCUAACGUAAGCAGAAGCUGCAGAACAUUUGCGGUAUUCGCUCCUAGAUAAGGUGUUCCCACCAUAAGCUAUGUGUACAUGAAGGGAGUGAAGAGAGACAGAGAUCGUUCACAACAAAAUUGCCUGGACGGCCUUGUUCUGUACAAAGAGAGAUUGGUCGAAGCUAUCGACAUGAAUGAUGCGAGGCGUAUCAGUUCACCAGUCCAAGCUAAUAUUCCUGGAUAUGUAUAACUUAUCAAUAUACUGUAUAACUGGGAUCGAAGCCUUGAUAUACCUUCUCAUCUUCUUCUC